UCAAAUGCCAAAGGAGUUCAUUUCUCUCUAACUUUCCCUUCUCUCUCCUUUGCAGAGAGAUCGUCUCUUCCCUUGGUCGUCUUUUCCACCUAUCUUCACAUGGUGAAAUUCUCUCUGUUUUCCUGCAAUCACAGAUAUCCAUGGCUUUUCCACUUGUAAACCUGUGUCUAGUUGAUUUUGUUUCGCUUAAUUUUGCGCAAGUCGAGCUGUUUUGAGCAUUUGAAAGCUGAUCUUCAGGUUGGUUCGUGAGAAAAAAAAUGAGACGAUUCGAACUCUCUAGCUCUGAAUUUUGUUUCCAUGUGCUUGGUUUGUACCUAUUAUGGUUUUUUGCAACUUCUGUUUGAGAGGUGGACAGAUUUAUUAGUACUCUAGUUCUACAUAAUGGAGGAAAAAGAUGAAACUGUUGAUCCAGGGGAUUGUCAGUUAGGCUACUGUAUUUCUCAGCACGUGGAUAAUUACAAUUUUGUAGUUGGUCAGGAGUUUCCUGAUGUCAAGGCUUUCAGGAAAACAAUUAAGGAAGCAGCGAUUGCACAACAUUUUGAGCUUCGGAUAAUAAAGAGCGAUCUGAUUCGUUAUUUUGCAAAGUGUGCCACAGAAGGUUGUCCAUGGCGUAUUCGUGCAGUGAAGCUUCCUAAUGUACCAACUUUCAUUAUAAGGAGCCUUGAAGGGACACAUACAUGUGGAAAAAAUGCACAACAUGGCCAUCACCAGGCCUCUGUAGAUUGGAUUGUGAAUUUUAUUGAGGAACGCCUGCGAGACAAUAUGAAUUACAAGCCCAAAGAUAUUUUGCAGGAUAUCCAUAGACAAUAUGGGAUCACCAUCCCAUACAAGCAGGCAUGGAGGGCCAAGGAACGUGGGCUGGCUGCAAUUUAUGGUUCUUCUGAGGAAGGAUAUUGCCUCCUUCCUGCAUACUGUGAACAAAUAAAGAAGACAAAUCCUGGAAGUAUUGCACAGGUUUUCACCACUGGGGCUGAUAACAGGUUUCAACGGCUUUUUGUUUCCUUCUAUGCAUCUAUAUAUGGGUUUGUGAAUGGCUGUCUUCCCCUUAUUGGGCUUGGUGACAUCCAGCUGAAAAGCAAAUACCUUGGUACCUUAUUGUCAGCCACCUGUUUUGAUGCCAAUGGUGGGGUAUUUCCACUUGCUUUUGCUGUUGUUGAUGUAGAAAAUGAUGAGAGCUGGAUGUGGUUUUUAUCAGAGCUUCAUAAGCUGUUAGAGAUGAACACUGAGAGUAUACCCCAGCUGACAUUCUUAUCAGAUGGGCAGAAAGGCAUUGUUGAUGCAGUAAAAAGGAAAUUCCCCAGUGCAUCUCAUGGAUUUUGCAUGCGUCAUUUAAGUGAAAGCAUUGGUAAAGAGUUUAAGAACUCAAGGCUUGUCCAUCUUCUCUGGAAGGCUGCCUAUGCCAUUACCACCAUUGGCUUUAAAGAGCGAAUGGCAGAAAUUGAAGAGGUUUCUCCAGAAGCAGCUAAGUGGAUCCAACAAAUUCCCCCAUCCCGUUGGGCUGUAGCGUAUUUUAAAGGAAAACGAUUUGGACAUCUCUCUUCAAAUAUUGAGGAAUUCAAUAAGUGGAUUCUUGAAGCUCGUGAACUGCCCAUAAUUCAGGUGAUUGAGCAGAUUCACAGCAAAUUGAUGUCCGAGUUCAUUGAACGGCGUGCAAAGGGCUCAGAUUGGAUGCCAAUACUUGCCCCAUCUGCUGCGCAGAGGAUGGCUGAAGCAAUCAACCAUGCUUCUGGCUACCAAGUCCUUCGAUCAGAUGAAGUAGAAUUUGAGGUGCUUUCCACUGAGAGGUCGGACAUUGUGAAUAUUGGAACCCGAUGUUGUUCGUGUUGUGAGUGGCAACUCUGUGGCCUACCUUGCUCUCAUGCUAUUGCUGCACUUGCCUCUUGUAAAAAAGAUGUCUAUGAGUUUUGUGAGAAGUGCUUUACUGUGGCCAGUUACCUUGAGACAUACUCACAAGCAAUAAAUCCUGUCCCUGAUAAAAGUGAAUGGAGCAAGGCAAGUGAGGGUCCUGUGGACGAGGACAGUAGAUUGGUAACGCCACCCAAGUUUCGGCGUCCACCAGGACGCCCUGAAAAGAAGCGACUGUGUGUAGAGGACCUUAAUCGGGAGAAGCAUACUGUGCAUUGUAGUCGUUGCAACCAAACUGGACACUAUAAAACAACAUGCAAGGCCGCAGAGGUUAUGGAGAGUAUAGAAUAUCCCAAGUGUGGAGAUCUUCCGAGUUAGUUGUAGUUCUUAUGUUUUUACACAGGGUAGCAAGAUGUCAAGGGCAUUCAUAUUGGUCGUGUACUUUAAAAUGGGAAUUCCCACUGUAUUCUAAUCUUAAGAAUGCCUGGAAUGAAUUUUAGGUGUUCUAGCUUUUUGUA